ACAGCCGUCAUGGAUGCCAAUGUUAAACAACACUACCUCGCUGACUCGCCUCCGACUGUGGUCCGUCUAGAGGUGAAGCACCACUUUGACAACCUCAAAGACAAGAACCUACGGAAAUACGCUCAUUACAUCAGCCGAGCGGCGUUCGAGGGUACCAGGAUAACCUUGCGCCAAGUGAGCCCUGAGUCUGAGCCGAUCUAUGAUUUAAUCCUCGCCUUAUACCGUGCCUGCGAUGGAAAAUGGCCCGAGCUAGCUCAAAAGACUAACGUCAGCGACGAAAAUCUCCGAUUCUUCUUGGAGUACGCUGCUCAGUUCCUUGGUAACUCUGGUAACUAUAAGGGCUUUGGUGACUCGAAAUUCAUUCCACGAUUACCCCUAGAUGCUUUUGAGGCUCUAGCUUCGGCCACGCCUGAGACCAAAGCUGCGUUUCAAAAGGCCAAUACAACUGGUGGAGGCAUUUACGAGACAAAGGAGCAGUCUCUUAUGCACCUUGGCUAUCCAGAGUCUGGGCAUAUGACAACCUAUUACCCCGACUCACCGUCUAUCACCAAAGAUGAGAUUACAGCCAUUGGGGACUUCUUUGAGCAAAAGGGCAUGCCACUGGAAAACACCAGACUCCGGAUGACAGCUUCAGGCGAUUUUGAGUUACUGAUAGCUUCCGGCGUCUCCUCUCCUCCCUCGCGGGACAGGGACCUGGGAGAUGUCGAUUCUUUUGACUUGGAUGGGAAGCUAAAGGGGAAGAAAGUGCACCUUGUGUUUGGUGACCAUAGGGAAGAGAUGGCGAAGAUCGCUCACAGCGUUAAGCAGGCGGGACUUUACGCAGCAAAUGAUACUCAGAAGAAAAUGCUAGAUGCUUACGCACUGUCCUUUGGAGCUGGUUCCAUUGAGGCCAUCAAAGAGAGUCAGCGCCUCUGGGUCAAGGAUCAGAAGCCGGUCCUGGAGACAAAUCUCGGGUUUGUCGAGACAUAUAGGGAUCCUCAUGGAGUCAGGGGUGAAUGGGAGGGGUUUGUUGCUUUGGUCAAUCUCGAGCGCACUCGAGCUUUUGGAAAACUUGUAGACAGUGCGGAGAGCAUGAUUCCUAAGUUACCUUGGGGCAAUGAAUUUGAGAAAGACAAGUUUCUCAGCCCUGAUUUCACUUCGCUUGAAGUUCUGAGUUUUCAGUCGUCUGGCAUACCUGCUGGUAUCAAUCUGCCCAACUACGAUGACAUUCGCCAAAACCUAGGUUUCAAGAACGUCUCUCUUGGAAACGUACUUUCCGCCAAAGCACCGAAUGAGCCCAUCCCGUUCAUUCCGGAGGCAGAUCAAGAUGUCUACCGCAAUUGCCGUGAUCCUGCAUUUGAGGUGCAGGUUGGUAUCCAUGAGUUAUUGGGACACGGUACCGGCAAGUUGCUCCAGGAGACUGCACCGGGCGAGUAUAACUUUGACGUGUCCAAUCCUCCUAUCAGUCCAGUGACCGGCAAACCUGUGUCCUCAUGGUAUAAGCCGGGGCAAACUUGGAGCUCUGUAUUUGGAGCCAUUGCUUCGUCCUAUGAAGAAUGCAGAGCUGAAUGUGUUGCUAUGGUCCUUAGUUGCGACUUCAAUAUUCUCAGGAUUUUCGGCUUUGGAGACGGAAAGGAAAAUAUAUCAAAUGAGGCAGGUGAUGUUCUAUUUGCUGCAUACCUGCAGAUGGCUCGUGCGGGUCUAGUUGCCUUGGAGUUCUGGGAUCCAAAGACAAAGAAAUGGGGUCAGGCUCACAUGCAGGCUCGGUACAGUAUCCUGCGCACUUUCCUCGACGCCGGAGAUGAUUUUGUCAAGCUCGCUUAUACCAAGGAUGAUCUGUCCGACCUCGAGAUCAAAUUGGAUCGUUCCAAGAUUCUUAGCCAUGGACGCCCAGCGGUGGAAAAAUACCUUCAGAAGCUACACGUCUACAAGAGCACGGCAGAUGUUGAAGCUGGAAAAGCCCUUUACGAUGAUAUCACCUCUGUUGACGAGUGGUGGGGCACCAAAGUCCGCGAUAUCGUUCUGAAGAAUAAGAUUCCCCGUAAGAUAUUUGUGCAAGCCAACACAAUUCUUGAGGGUGACGAAGUCAUUCUCAAGGAGUACGAGCCGACACUCGAGGGUAUUAUCCAGAGUUUUGCUGAGCGCAGUGUCUAAUUAGAUGCUCCCAAUAUUCUAAGCUACCUCAACUUUAAUUCACCAAGUGACUUAGAAAUCAACAAUCACCUUUUUCAGG